GUAGAUACUAGAUACUAAUAGAAGAGAGCACAAAAGGCAAAUCAGCACCCAACUAUUUUAACUAUCCAACCAAUCCGACUGUUGACGAUUACUGACGAUGACUGUCUCAACCUCAACAACAGUACAACAGUAACCACCAGUAACAGUCAGUCAGUUUUAACUUUAACUCAUUUUAGUUUUUCUCUAUCAAUUUUUAUAUUAAAGUUUACGGUAACUGGUAGUCAAACUCUUUUUUAAUCCUCCGAACUAUAGUAAUUUUCGUUAUACUUUUGAUUUUGUAUUCUAUACUCAUAACUAAAUCCAUUUCACAACACAGUUACUAGCCAAAAAGACAUUUAAAAUUUUUUACCAUUUAACAUUUAACAUUUUAAAUAAAUAUCAAUAAAAAUACAUAUCAUUAAAAAUAAAAUGAAACUGUGAUUAAAUUGGAUAUCUAAAGUUAUUUGUUAAUCAAUCAAUGAAUUAAUUAAUUUUCUUAGUGUACUAAAAAUAAAAUAAUUAUUACAAAGUGAAUAAGCCCGUUAUAUUUAGUGUCGAAAUAACAAAACGAUAAUACGAUAAAAUAGUGAAGACCUGGGCUGGUUGCUCGAGCAGGUUCGAGACAAAGAAAUUAAACUCCAACUUGCCAACAUAUAAAUUUAAUAAAUAAUCUUUACACAUUUUUAAAUUUUAAUUAUUAUCAAUUAUUAUUUUAUUGAGGUAAUACAUAUAAAUAUAUAUUAUAUGUCUUGAGAAUUUAUAACCUAUGAUUUAAUUUAUGUAAGAUAAUCAAAAAGAUAUUUAUUGAGGUGGUUAUGAAAAAAAAAUGGAUAUUAAAAGUGCGGUGUACAACGCUGCAAGAGAUGGCAAACUCAGACGUCUAAAGGUAUUCCUUGAUGAUAGAGAGAAACAUGACCUAGAACAAUUAGUGGGUGCAAAAACUCAUGGGGCAACGCCGCUAGUAAUGGCCUGUAGAAAUGGUCAUUACGACGUCGCUGAAUAUCUCAUUGAAAAAUGUGGAGCUGACGUUGAACAGCCUGGCUCAGUUGUGUUUGAUGGAGAAACAAUAGAAGGCGCACCUCCACUUUGGUGUGCAGCAGCCGCUGGUCAUUUGGCUUUAGUUAAAUUACUUGUUAAACGUGGAGCUAAAUUAAAUGCAACAACUAAAACAAAUUCAACGCCAUUGCGUGCUGCAUGUUUUGAUGGGCAUUUUGAAAUUGUUAGAUUUCUUGUUCAAUAUGGUGCAGAUAUAGAACUGGCUAAUAAACACGGGCACACAUGUUUAAUGAUCGCCUGUUAUCGAGGACACGUACGAAUAGCAAAAUUUUUAUUGGCUUUAAAAGCAGAUACAAAUAGAAAAUCAGUAAAAGGAAACACAGCGUUACAUGAUUGCGCUGAAAGUGGAUCACUUGAAAUUUUAAAAAUUUUAGUUGAACAUGGAGCCCGUAUGGAUGUUGAUUCAUAUGGUAUGACACCAUUAUUGGCUGCUGCAGUGGCUGGUCACAUGCAUAUUGUUCAAUAUUUAAUAGAUAUACCUCAAUUAGUAUCACGAAAAGAAAAAAUAGAUGCAUUGGAAUUGUUGGGAGCAACUUAUGUUGAUAAAAAACGUGAUAUGAUUGGUGCACUUGAUUGUUGGAAACGUGCUAUGAAUGAACGUUAUAAUGGGGAUGGUAAAAUAAUUGAAAAACCACCACGACCACCAGUUGUUGGUGCUUAUGAUUAUGCUCAAGAAAUAUCUGAUCCUGAAGGUUUAGAUGAAUUGCUGGCAGAUCCAGAUGAAAUGCGUAUGCAGGCAUUGGUUAUAAGAGAAAGAAUUCUCGGUCCAGCUCAUCCUGAUACUAGUUAUUAUAUAAGAUAUCGCGGUGCUGUUUACGCUGAUUCUGGUAAAUUUGAACGGUGCAUUGAGUUAUGGAAUUAUGCAUUGGAUAUGCAGCAGAGUAUGUUGGAACCUCUUAAUCCAAUGACACAAAGUUCAUUGUUUAGUUUCAUUGAGUUAUUUAGUUUCAUGGUUGGCGAAGAAGGCAGACAAACUCCCAGAGGACGUAGAAUACCAUCAGUUGAGAGACAUGAGCUUAUGAGAGUUUUUAAAAAAGCGGUAUUGGAAGUUAAAUUAGGCAAACAAAUGUUAGACAAAUUGCCAUCCUGUGAUCGGGAUCUUACAAAUUUAAAUCGUACACUCGUAAUUACACUUCAUCUUGCUUGUCUGUUAACACGUGAAAUGCCCGAUAUUAAUUCGUCUGAUUAUGAUGCCCUCCAUAAAGCUAUUUACGAAUUAGUACGAAUUAAUGCCAGAGAUAAAGGAGGUAAGGAUGUACUUCAAAUGAUCCACAAUGUAGAUGCGACAAUUCCCGCUCGUUAUUCAGCUUGUAAAUUAACAUCACCCCAAUUAACAAUGGCAUUGUUAAAAGCUGGUGCAGAUCCAACUUGCAAAGACGACGAUGGUAAUACAGCAUUACAUUUGACAGCUUUAUCUUACCCAUGGCGCACUGAUUUGGCAACAAUACUACUGCGUGCUGGUGCACACAUUGAUGUUGUUAACAAUGAUGGUAACACAUACGAAUCAUUACUCGAUGACAAAAUAAGAUUCAUGACACUUAAUCCUAUUAAAUAUACAACUUUGAUGUGUUUAGCUGCUCGCGUUAUUCGUAAAAAUAAUAACAAUAUUGAUAUUAAUAGGGUACCCGUUCACUUAAGAGAUUUCGUUCUUCAACAUUAAAUGUUACAUUCAAAUUCAUUUUUCAUUAAAUUUAAUAAUUGCUAUUAUUUUUAAUAAAUUAAAACUUUUUAAAAUUUUUUUUUUUUUUUUUUUUUUCGAUUUCAUUUUUUCAUAGGAAUUCUAGUCUCGUUAUUAAUUAUUAUUAUCAAUGAAUUAUAAAAAUAAUUAAUUGAUUGCUUAAUGGAAUUGAUAUUAAAUACACAAUAAAUUUUUAUUGUUUCUUUGUAUAAUUAAUAAAAAUUAUAGAUUGUAAGGCGGCAUGAUUUACUUUUAAUGAUAAAAAUUUUUUAAAAAUAAAUUACAUGUUUUGAUGAAAAAAAUUUUUUAAAAGCUCAAAAAAAAUUUUUUAUUUAAUUUUGCAGUCGAAAAAUAUUUUCUAUUUUUUUUUUCUUUGUUUGAAUAAAUUAUUUGGUGUAGAAAAAAAAAAUAUAUAGUAAAAUAAUAAAAUAGUGUUUUGUAAACAAUAAUAACUAGAUAAUUAAUAAUAAAGUGAUUAACAAUAGUAAUAAUUUAUAAAUGUUAUUAAAUAAAUUUAAGUAUUUGUUUAAUUUUAAUACUUUUAAACAAUGACAUUAAUAAUGAAUUAAAAGUCGCAAGGCUAUUGGAGGAAAAAAAAAAGCUUUGUGGUAGUACUGAUACUUUUAUGUACUUUGUGAUAAAGAAAUAAAAAUGUUAAUUAACUUUAUAAUAAAUAAAAAUAAGUUAAUAAA